AUGGUUGGCGUUCCCGGUCGCAGCAAAGGCUGCAACACCUGCAGAAAGCGCAGAGUCAAGUGCGAUGAAACUAAGCCCGUCUGUGUACGUUGUACCAAGGGGGGCUUUGAAUGCCUGGGAUACAUCAGGGACCGAGUUUGGCGGCACACUUCGACCGCUCCAUUUCCGACUAUGGAACCUACAGAAGCGACGUCGGCGGGGCAGAACGCUUCAGCCAGUUCCAGCAAAGACACCGACCUUACGAAUACUCGGGUUGCCUCCCCACCACCCGAGAUGAGCUUGAUUGCUUUUCAAGGAGACUUUUGCUUCUCCUUCAUGUUUUCCAACUUUGUAUGGCGUAGCUACGGAGCCCCUUGGCUUGAUCAAGCUGCGGCAGGGAAACUCGGUCGUCUCUCUCUAGAUGCCACCAAGGCCCUGUCACAAGCCAACUUUGGGAAGUCAAAUCACCAGUCCGAUAUUGAACUCAAGGGAGUCAUACAGUAUGGAAAGUGUCUCGAGAGUUUGGCUCAAGAACUAGGGAGUAGCUGCAGGCGGGACCUGCUGGUACCUAUUCUUGUUCUGAUGAUGCAUGCAGCGUCUCAUGCCGAUCAAACCGGAGCUGUAUCUCAUCUGCGAGGGCUUGCGAGGCUACUACACAUCUGUGGACCGGAAGCCUUCCAGCAGCAGCCUCUGCUCAAUGCGUUUGAGGCAGCAAGAGCAACGCUGCUCGUUGCCAGCUUGUACGGUAAGCAGCCUCUGUUUCUUGAAGAGGAACGCUGGCGAGCUGUGCCGUUUGCGGCGAAUGCUGCGUCCAAGACACCGCAAAGCUAUCUACUCGAUAUUCUCGUUGCUGUGCCGAGAAUACUCCACGACCACGCCGCGUAUGAGUCCAUGGAUGAGGCUCAACAGACUCCAUACGGAGAAUUGUUGAGAAGAACCGAGGCACUCCUUGUUUCGCUCUAUCGUUGGCGUUGGCAAUGGCAAGCCCGCUCUGGUGAUCAAGUGGAAGUUGAUGCUGGUAUCACUUCACAGCUCAAUGGUCCAGCAGCCGAGGCUCUAGGCUCCAUCGGCACUUCAAGGCAAUCGGGACGCCUUAGGUUCGGCAAAUUCACUCUUGCGACAGAGCUUAUGCUCUACAAUGCUACGCUGAUGUGGCUGCUUGCGUUGCUGUGGAAGAUGGACCCUCUUGGCGCGAGCCAACGCAUCGAAACUUGUGCAACAACUGCCACACCUGCAGAAGCCUCUCUCAGAUACCUAAGGUUCGAGCCACUCCGGAGACCUGGUGCUUCAGUCUCGGUUCGAGAUCCCGCCAUGGAGAUCCUCCGCGCUUUCGAGUGGGUGACCCGCCAUCACAGCCGAAGCAAGGAGCCCACGUUCCUGUACCUAUUCCCAGUUGGGAUGGCACUGAGCGUCAUAGAGAAGGAGCCUGAGGCGAAGGCUUGGGCUAUCAGUCUGCUGAAUAGAAGCCCCAUCACGGCGAAUUAUGCUCAAGGGCAGAACCCGGCUGGGUUCGGCUUUUAUGUCACUCGGGAGGCACUUCAUCCAGAGACGGUCGACGCAGAGUUGCAACUCUUUUCGGAGCAGGAUCUACAACAACUUGCAAUAUGA